AUGAUCCUCGAGCACGUUCUACAGUACCCUGGCAGCUAUGAGAUACCCCUCCGGACUAUGUACACACUCAACUGUGCGCCUCGUGCUCAACCGCUUCCGAAAGAUUUGUCCCGCGCUCCGUCGCCCACUGACAGUGCCCCCUCAUCGCCGACCUCUGGACAAAUGGCAUGGAGCGACGCCGAGUGCGCGUCUAUGAACUUCACUUCGCAGCUCAUGAGCCACAUCAACUCAAUCCCGCAGCAGCCCAGCUCGCUCCCACCCUCCUUCAUCGUCAGCUUUGUCAGCCGCAUAUUCCACCCUAGCUUGUCUCUGGUCGACUUUCCCCAGGCAUUGACUGCGCUCGACUACCUCCGAGAUCUUGACAACCGAUGGCGGAAAGAACUGAAGGCCGCCUUCGCUCGCGUUCACAUUCACCCAGAUACCGCUGGCCAGGACAUCGAGACCUUGUCAGGGCGCUAUCCCGGUAUUGCUCUUUGGGCCAAGAACCUGGAAGGCAAGAGCCGCAAGGCCGAGCUCUAUUACGCGAAGCUAUGGCUCGGUUUGCGCCGAUGGAUCAUGAUCAACGAGCUGUCUCUUCAGCCCUUCAACAAGUUGAAUUGCAUGGGCAUGCUCAACACCAUUCUACCUCCCCAGCCGUCUUCCGGCGGGAAGCUUCCUUCACCCCUUCUUAACCACCAGACCCUGCGACAGGAGCGUGACGGCUUCUUCAACUACAUUCAGCAAGUGCAAAAGCAAGGCCCAGGUGUGCUCGAGAUGCUUACACAAGGCGAGAGCACAAAGUGGUCCGUCGUACAGAAAGAGGUGGAUAAGUAUCUGCGCGUCGCCAAGAACAUCAUCGAUGACUGCAUGGCUACUAUGGGCACGGAGGAUUUCAAGUCGGUUGACGAGCCCAGGAAGGGCAAGAAGACGGACUCUGGCGUGAGCUUUGGGUCAGACGUGCGACCCAGUACCUCAUCUUCCACCCACGACAAGCCCCUCCCGGAGUUGCACAUGGACCGGGAACCUGCCUCAAAAGGCCUCAGCAAGCUCGAGAAGCUCAGCCGGGAGUUCAAGCGGAUGCGCGUCAAGUCACGCCCCGAAGUUGAGGAGAUGGUCAAGAUGGACCAAGACCUGCCCAUGGUGGGCGAGAACCAGGGCAAGAAGAUCAAGAAGGCAAGGUCUCUGGCCAACCUCCGGGGCCGAAACUCCAGCUCGGCGUCUGUAGCCGGGAGCAGGAAAGGCAGCGACGCCAUCCCCUUCGACGCAGAAGAGAUGAGGCGCGCCCGCCAGCUCUACGACGCGAAGCAUGCAUCAUAG